AUGACGGGGCCGACGCCGCCGAUGUUGGCGUCCGUGCGACUGCCGGAGAAGCUGCCCGGGCCGGGAGGGGCGGACGAGGCGGGGGUGGUUGUGGAGUUGCCGCCGGCGAACAAAUUCAGCAUCGCGUGGUCGGGCGAGACGCUGUCGCCGCCGCCGAUGGCCGCCGUUGCCUCUGGCUCGGGCUUAUCGGACAGCGAGGGCGAGAGCGGACCGGGGAUGAGCGGGCGGCAGAGCGGGGCGAGCGAGGACGAGAGCGUGGUGACGCCGCGACGGCACCCGGUCGAGCGGCCGGCGGCGAGCACGUCGGUGCCGAGGCUGAGCAGGGCGUUCAGUGCGCCCGUCGCGUCGCAGAUCGGGCAGCUGCUGAAUCCGCGGCGCAAGGCGGUGCCGAGGGACGUGUCCGGAUUGGGAGAUGUGUCGGGGGAGGUGGCGGACAGCGUGGAGAUGGCGAUCGCGACGUUGCUGGCGAUCUCGCCGCCGCAGGUGCUGGACCCGGCCAAGGAGCAGUUCAGCGCGUGCUCGCUGCCCGUCCCGACGCCCUCCGUCGCCGCGCUCCUGACGCAGAUGAAGAACCUGAACUACAUCGCAAAGCACAUCCGCGCCUUUGCCCACCCCGCAGAGCACACCGCCCCCGCCCGCGACGACCACGACUUUGACAUCGGCGAGACUGUCCAGAGCGUCGGCGACUCGCUCGCGGGCAUAGCGUCCGACGCCGGCGUCGAGCUCGUCCUCUUCCACGCCGACAGCGGCAUGAAGCACGUCGCCGUCCACGCCGACGAGACCGCCGUCGCGUACACCGUCCAGCACGUCUGUCGGCAGAUCAUCGCCGCGGCAUCUCCCGGCGACGCCCUCGAGCUCGGCCUCUUCCUCGUCGCCCCCCUCGCCGGCGUCAACACGGACCCCGGCCUGGACGCGACCGACGCGCCGACGACGCACUCGCCCGAGCCGGAUCCCGACGCGCCCCUGCACUGCACCCUCCAGCUCACCCACUACCCGGCUCCGAACACCCCGCCAGCGCCGCCGCCUGCACUGGAGGGCCCCAUCCUACGCAGGCUGUUGCACGACAUUGGCGCGACGCUCAGCACCGACGGCGGCAGGACGUGGAAGCUCUCGCUCACGCUCCCUCGGGGCGAUCCUGCGGUGGUCAACCCUGCGGUGGUGCUGCCCGACGGCCAGGACCCGCUGUCGUCGAUGUUCCCAGACCUGCGCAUCCCGGGCGAGCCGACGUUGGCCGACCUCGCCGCGUUCACCGACACGCUCAAGGGAAAGCGCGUCCUGCUCUACGCAUCCGCAUCCGCCCUCUUCCCCCGCCACCUGACGUCCUACCUCACUUCCUGGGGUCUCGACGUCUACCCCGUCUCCCGCGACUCGGGCUCUCCAGAACGCGGUCACGAGGGCCAGCAACCGCCCGCGUUUGUGCUCAUCGACGACGACGUGGCCGCGCUCAGGGCCCGCCUACGCGCCGCACGGGCAGAGGCACAGUACCCGCUCCACCUCGCAGGCCGCAAACGACCCACGCUCGCCACGCACCACAGACCGCGCUCGUCGCCCCAGGUCGCGCGCGCAAUGUCCUCCGCAGGCGCCACAGCUCCCCCGCCACAGCGCGUCCCGCCGCCCGUCAUCAUCCACUUUAGCUCCCUCGCAAACUUCAAGCUCGCAAAGGGCGCAAUGCACACCCUGCUCUCCCCAUUUGCCUCAAACGGCUCCUCCUCCCCACAGCCCCCUUUCCCCGGUCGUCUGCCAGAGGUCAUCAUCUUGCCCAAACCCGCCGGACCUCGCCGCGUCUUGACCGCCCUCCAUACCGCCGCCACCAAACCCGCCGUCGACCCGUUCUUCAGCCCGAUCGCCACCAGCCCCAUGUCUCCCGGACUCGGGCUCUACACCCCUCGCUCCCCAGCCUUGACCAGGAGCUCGCCCGCCCGUUCACCCCUCGGCGACUCUUCCCACAAUAGCUCCAGCUCGGGUUCUGGCUCGAACAUGAACGUGGCCAGCGGCGAAAAGCCGGGCGGCGUAAGCCCGCUGCGACUGAGCGAGGGCAUGGACUACUUCUCCGAGGCGGCCGUCAAGCUCGGCACUUCGCCGUCCUCCGGCCUCGUCAUUCAAUCGCCCGACGGACAACCCGCAGGUAUCUUCUUUCACCCCCGCCUGCGCGGCGUACAGCGCUCCUCGACCGACCGGAGCGCCGGGAGUGCAGGAGGCGAUGGCAUGCCUGGCUUUGGCGCCUUUGGCCCGCCCUCGAGCAGUAUACGGCGCGAAGGGAGCGGCGGCGGCCAGGCGAGGAGCAGAGAAGCCAGCCGUGACGGUCGAAUCGCCGCCCGCGAGCUCGCGCAGGUGCCUCCGCCGCGACGUUCCUCCAGCAGACCCGCGCCCGUGGCCACUCCCGUAUCCCCCGCGCUCAAGACCGUCGAUGUCAGCAUCACGGCUCCGACCCCGCCAGUGCCGCCCGUCGACGGCGAGACACGACCGCGCAAACGGGCCGGUACGGCGAGCGGGCGCAGUCCGACCGUGCCACCUAUUGGUCUAGGUAUCACCGAGAGGCAGGUCGUGGAGGAGCCUGGACCGAUGAGCCCUACGUCUUUGCGCAAGGUCUCGCCCAUCGACGCGCUCAGGAAAGGCACACCGCCGGUUAGUCCGACCCCUGCGGCUGGCGUGGGCUUUGUGAGGAGGCAGAGGAGCGGCGUCAAGUCACCCAUCGAUCCCGGCUCAGCGCAGGGCGCAGACGGUACUCCACCGCCGAGCGCAGGUCCCCGAAAGGCUUCCAAGGCAAAGAAACCCGAUACCGGGAUCGUGCCGCCCAUUAACGUGCUCGUCGUCGAGGAUAACCCUAUCAACCAGACCAUUCUGACGACGUUCAUGCGGAGAAAGAAGAUCAAGUUUGAUGUGGCGAAGAACGGCGAGGAGGCGGUGACAAAGUGGAAGAGCGGGCAGUUCCAUCUCAUCUUGAUGGACAUUCAAAUGCCCGUCAUGGACGGUAUUGCCGCCACCACCGAGAUUCGCCGGCUCGAGAGGCUCAACGCCGCCGCGGGCUACCCCACCACACCCUCUGCGAGCUCUGAAUCCUCGCACCCGCGCACACCAGAGACCCCAUUCACAGCCGCUACGACCUCCGCAUCCCCAUACCGCUCCUCCGUCAUCAUCGUCGCUCUGACUGCCUCGUCGCUCCAAUCCGAUCGUGUGGCCGCGCUCGCGGCGGGCUGCAACGAUUUCCUCACCAAACCCGUCAGUCUCGACUGGUUGAACAGCAAGAUCAUCGAGUGGGGCAGCAUCAAGGCGCUGCAGAUGUGGGCGGAUAUCAAGCCCGAGACCGCGCGUGGAUUCGCCAAGGGCAUGGCCGGUCAAGCGCAGAAUGUCGCGCGUAAGCUGCGCGUGCCUGAAGGUCGUGCAACCGCCACCGCGAGCCCUACGCCUUCAGAUCCACAGUCGGGUUCAUCGACGAGAGAACGCCAGCCGAGUGCGGGAUCGAGGGAGAGGGAGCGCAAGCCCAGUGCGGGCGCCGUGGACAGGGACAGGGAGAAGGAUACGGCGAGCCCUGCGACGCCCGUCGGCGCCGUCUUUGGCGCGCAAGUGCUGAGGCAUGCACCAGGCGGCGGGCGCGAAAUGAGCGCGGCUCAGGAGGCUGCUCAAGCGCUCGCCUCGGGCGCGCCGUUGCUCUCGAGAACAUCGUCAUCGUCACACGCGGCGUCGCCGCCGAAUGCGGGACCCACUCCGAAGCAAGGUUCUGGUGAUGCGGGGAUGACGCCGAAGCAGACCCUCGGCGCUCCGAAUGCACCCAUGCGUGCUUUGGCGUCGAUGCGGGAGCCGGAGCCCGAGUCGGUAGCGCACAAGGCGUUCGAGUCGAUGGUCCCGGAGGAGCACGAGCCGGUGCCUGCACCGGUCCCCGAGUCUGAGCAACAGGCCGCUGCCGACUUGCAAGACGUGCUGGUGGCGGAAGCACUCGCGGGGCCACCAGACGACCCGCAGAUAGAACCUACUCCACGAGCGACGUCGGUCCCUGAGGCCCCCGCAGAUGGCGACGACGACGAGCCGCACGAGUCGGGGGAUGCUGAAAGCGCGCCUCUUUUGGAUGAUGGCCACCACGAAGCCGCCCCGGGCCCGCUCGGGUGA